AUGCCGAAAAGGAAAAGAGAAUCAGAGUUUUCACACGAAGACUACACGGUCGGCUGGGUAUGCGCGAUUACCACCGAGUACAUAGCCGCCCAAGAGUUCCUUGACGAGGAGCACGAGCCGCUUGAGUCACUACCCAACGAUACCAAUGACUAUGCCCUGGGGAGGGUUGGGAAACACAACGUUGUUAUCGCGGUGCUUCCCGAGGGGCAAUAUGGAAUCGCCAAUGCGACUAGUGUCGCCAACAACAUGGUGCGCAGCUUUCCUCAUCUUAGAAUCGGGCUCAUGGUCGGAAUUGGGGGAGGCGUGCCAAGUGAGAGACAUGACGUGCGUCUGGGAGACGUGGUUGUGAGCACCGUCACUGGAAGUCACGGGGCCGUAUUUCAGUAUGAUUAUGGUAAGGCCAUACAGGGGCAAGAGUUUCAAGCCACUUCAUUCAUAAACCAGCCGCCGGCCCUCUUGCAAACUGCAGUCAGUGGGCUGAGAACACAGUAUGAGAGAAAAGGAUCCUGUCUUCAUGAAUCCGUGGAGGAGGUUCUUAAUAAAAACCGCCGAUUGAGGAAUAGGUUCCAGCAACCAGAUCCAGCGACAGACCGGUUUUACUUGUCAACCGUUAUUCAUGGUGAUGGAUGUUGCGCUGACACCAAUGAUCCAUCGAAACUAGUUGACCGGACACCAAGAACUGAACGCGAGGAUGACCCGAUGGUUCAUUACGGGUUAAUAGCGUCUGCCAACCAAGUAAUGAAGGACGCUGUCAUACGGGAUAGUCUAUCAAGAAAGAUGGAUGUCUUGUGCUUCGAAAUGGAGGCAGCCGGCUUGAUGAACCAGUUCCCGUGCUUGAUUAUUCGCGGCAUUUGCGACUACUCUGAUACCCAUAAGAACAAGGAAUGGCAAGGAUACGCUGCGAUGACGGCGGCUGCAUACACACGGGGUCUUCUUUAUCGAAUCCAACCCAGCAAGGUCAACAUUGAGAAAAGAUUGAGCGAGUUUGUGAACAACGCUAACAAGAGGCUUGAGAACAUUCAAUCUUCAACAAAUAAUACCGAACGCCUUGUUAAGGCUAUUCAAACCGAUAACCGCUUGGAGUGUUUAAGGCAAUGGCUUGAUCCUCCUGAUCCUUCUGUUAAUUUCAACAAAGCCAUCGAGCUACGCCAGGCCGGUUCAGGUCUGUGGCUACUUCAGGAUUCGAGGUAUCUGUCCUGCAAGAACAGGGAAAAUUCUCUUCUCUGGCUUCAUGGCAUACCAGGCUGCGGAAAAACGGUCCUUAGCACCACUAUAAUUCAAGACCUGGAGGAGGAAGAAAUGAUUCUUUAUUUUUACUUUGAUUUCAACGAUACUCGCAAGCAAACAUUUGAAAAUAUGAUCCGGUCGCUUUGCUAUCAGCUAUACCGCCUCAAAGCAAGCCAACGUCACUUAGACUUGCUGUAUUCUGAGACUAAGGAUGGCCAAAGGCAGCCAAGCACUGAAUCACUAGAGAAUACCUUUCUCUUGAUGAUUCAGGAUGUAGGAAAGAUUUACAUCUUACUUGAUGCUCUUGACGAAAGUUCUACAUUAGAGGACCAUCAUACAAGAGGACUGCUCUCCUGGAUUGAUAGCUUUCGAUCGUCGCGAAACAAUGUUCAUUUGAUUGCUACAAGCCGCCCAGAACACGCCAUCCAGUCACGAAUGAAAAUAUGGGCUGGUGUUAUACCCGUAGCUCUGGAAAGUCAUUUGACAGAAGGUGAUAUCAACUCAUAUAUCGUAGCGAGAGUUGGGCAACUGUCUAGGUGGCAUACAAGAGUGGAUAUUCAAAACGAAAUUAUAUUCGCGCUUAGUUCAAAAGCGAAUGGCAUGUACCGCUGGGUUUCAUGCCAGUUUGAUACUCUGAAAGAUUGCCGGGAUCCUCCAAUCUUAAGAAGAGCACUCAAUUCCCUGCCGAGAACGCUGGAUCAAACUUACAGUCGAAUCCUGGCCAGCGUACCCCUUGAUCACCGACAUUAUACUAUACGGCUGCUCCAAUUCCUGACUUUCUCGGAACGCCCAUUGCGAAUUGAAGAGGCUGUUGAUGCCAUUGCAGUCAACACUGAUGAAAAACCAUACUUCAACCCAGAUGAUAGAAUGCCAGCUCCAGAGGAGGUCUUGAGCUAUUGCUCCAGCUUAGUGGCUAUGACCAAUAGAAAAGGACAAAAUGCUGAGCACGAAUCCGAGAAUUUAAAAGAGCUGAGUCUAGCGCAUUUCUCAGUGAAGGAAUAUUUGAUAUCCGAUCGCUUCCAACAAGACCAUCGAAUGAAUGAUAUCAGACUUGAUUUCUUGGAAACCAACGCAAGAGCUUCCAUUGUGAAGGUCUGUGUUGCAUACUUACUCGGAGUAGAAGCGCUUAUCAAUAUAGGCCUGCAGGCUGAUGGCGACAAAGAUCAUGAUGAGAGCGAUGCAGACGAAUAUGAUGAUAGAAUGAUCUCAGAUGAUGUGCUAUUGAAAAUUCGACGAAAAUAUCCAAUGGCCCAGUAUUCGGCACAAUACUGGCCAGAACAUGCAAGAGUCGCAAAAGAUAGUGGAGAAGGAAGAGCAUUGAUCUGGGAUUUAAUGAAGUCCGCUGCGUAUAAAAUCAAUUGGUCGCUCUAUGACGACCGCAACAUUUCCCUUGAUUUUUGGUCUCUUGUUCCUUUACCCCCCGGGCUGUAUUAUGCCUCACUUGUUGGGUUGAGUUGGCUUGUUGAAGGUCUUCUUGAGGACGGUGCGGAUAUCAAUGCCAAAGGCAACCACGGAACGGCGCUCCAUGUAGCCGUUUACCGUGGUCAUGACGAGAUAGUGCACCUCCUCCUUCAGGCCGGCGCUGAUGCUGACGCACCUUACAAUGAUGGAGACACGCCACUCCAUGUUGCCGCAAGACGUGGUGCUGGCAAAUUAGUUCAGUUGCUUCUCGAACAUACUACCAACGUCAACGUGACAAAUGGCUCUGGAACACCUCUUCGAGUAGCCGCGAGGAGGGGGAAUGGGGAUAUUGUUCGAUGUCUACUUGAACAUGGCGCUGAUGUGAAUGCGGCUGCGGCUGGUGCUGGUAUAGAUGAUCAUGAAGACGCACUGCUCUAUAACGCCGUGCGGCGUGGUAAGGGGAAAGCAACUCAGGUGCUUCUCGAUUUCAACACCGCUGUCAAUGAGAUAGCUGGCUCUGAAAAAUAUGUCGCCGAUGACUUGCCUGACGUUGAUGGGAUAACGCUGCUACAAGAAGUUGUACGAGACGGCCAUAUUGAAAUUAUCGAGCAGUUAUUAGAGCAUGGAGCUGAUAUCAACGGAAUGAGCCUUGACGGAACAGCGCUCCGAUGGGCCGUGAGCCACGGUAAUUACACGAUCGUUCAACUACUCACCAACUAUGGUGCCGAUCUUGAUCUUGCCGGGAGAUAUGGGGGGACACCUUUGCAAGCCGCCGUAUACCAUGGCCAUAGCAAAAUAGUGCAGUGUCUCCUCGAGAACGGGGCCGACGCUGACCUGAUACCCGAAGACCGAGGCUGUACGUCGAUUUUCUAUUGGCUACAUGACAAACGUGGCAAUUUUGCAAAUUUUUGGACCUCCGAAGACACAUUCUAUGAGGGAAAUACACCUCUCUGCCUAGCUGCAUUACACGGCCGUGGGGAAAUCGUGCAACAAUUACUGAACUACGGCGCAGACGUCAAUGCACCAACUAGCAACUACUCAGAUGAGACGGUCCUCGAAAGAGCUUUGGCGGGCGGCCAAAUAGAAAUUGCUCAACAGCUUAUCGAGCACGCUACUAAUUCUAAUACAAGCAACAGACGCCACGAAUCAGCCUUGUACCAAGCUGUUGCACGGGGUUUUGGGCACAUUGUUAAGCAGUUAUUGGAUCUAGGGGCUAAGCCAAAUGUCUCUGGGGAUCGGGGAACGGCGCUCCAUGAGGCAGUGAACGGUGGCCAUGAGGGCAUGAUUCAACAGCUUAUUGAUCACGGCGCCGACAUUGACGCACAUAGCAAGGCUCAUAAAGGAACCCCGCUGUGUGCUGCAGUGUAUGCCGACCACAGCGAGAUCGUGCGACUUCUCCUUCAAAACGGCGCCAACGUCAAUGGGACUGAACUUUCUUACGGCUUUGCACUCCAUCAGGCAGCAAUGGGCGGUAAGGUGACAAUAUUGCAACAGUUGCUCGAUCAAGGCGCCGACGUGAAUGUGACAGGCUAUAAUGAUGAUAGCACAGCACUCCAAGCAGCUGUACUUCAUGGUCGACAUGAUACUGUGCUGCAACUCCUACAACGUGGUGCCAAGGUCAAUGAAAUUGGCAACCAGUUUCAUGGACCGGCGCUCACAAUAGCCGCGGCAGAAGGUUAUAGUAAGAUCGUUUGUCAGCUGCUUGAUUACGAUGCUGAUCUGAAUGCAAUUGGCGGGUAUGAGACAACGGCGCUUCUGGGAGCGGUUAGCAACGGCCACAGUGAAAUUGUUCAACUAUUGCUUGAUCGGGGCGCGGAUGUGAACGUAACAGCUGGUACUUUUGGAACGCCUCUUCAAACGGCUAUGCUUCACAAUCAUCAUGAUAUUGUCAAGCAACUACGUGACCACGAGGCUAGCCGCGGCCCUGCUGCAUGA